CUUACUGUAGUGUUAAUGAUCAAACGAAAGGUGUCAAGAACCAAAUAGUACGAACGUCAAAACACUUAUCCGAAAAGAAAUGGCAAACCAAAAAGCAGUUUCAAAGACUGAAAACGAGUUAUCUAGCUCCCCAGAAGGAGAAAUUGGGGGUGUAAUUGUAGAACAUCUGUGCAAGAGAAUUCGGAACUUUUCCAAAAAGAAGCAAAAAAUUAUAAAACUUGAAGAGCAGGCCGCCAAGGAUCCCCAAUCUUUAAAUGCUGACCAAAAAAACGCUCUCCGUGGUAAAGAUGCCGUUUUGACAACUUUGCAUGAGUUGGAAGAGCUUUUAAGUCAAAUCAAUUCUUCUCGUUCUCGCGAUGAAAAGAAAAAGCGUCAAGAAGUCUCCUUAAAAAGAGAAAAAGAGCAAAAACAAUUGGAAGCCAAAUAUGAAGAAGGCUUUAAGAGCGCCCAGAAACAAGUGUCUACCCUUGUUCGAUUCCUUCGUUUUGCUAGUCAUAACUGUGUUCAUCCUUCUGAUGAUCAAGCAUUUAACACAGCCGUUGAAAAGCUACUUAUCCAUGUUUAUGAGGGUUCAGAAAACUCUGAAAAGGCUGUUGCUAAUCUUAGUUCGUCUUCAGAAGAGUAUAUUGAUGAGACUGAAGUCCCUUACAAAUUAAUCACCGCAAAAAGUGAUGAAUUCUUUAGUACUCCCGCUGCUGCUGAAAAGCAAGAAGAUCAUGAAGAAGCUGAAGAGCAGGCUGCAUCAAAAAUCAGCGAUGUUGUUGACAAUGAAGGCCAAGAAAAUGCUCUUUUGACAGAUGAACAUGCUCACCAGACUACUCGACCUUUGAACCGUGGAAUACAAUUUCUCAAUGAAAGCGAAAUCGAAGGACAGCACUUCCAAGAACCCGCUACUUUUAAUGAAACCUCUGUUCCUGCUAAUACUGAGGCCCAAGUGCCUGUUGAAAAUGUUGAAGCAAAUGAUGGUACUACUGAUCCCUCUACUAUUUACCCUACUCAGUUUCAAGCUGUUGAACAACAACAGAUGCAGCAAGCAAUGGAUUCCAUGUCACCUGAUUGGUAUCAGCCCACUAAUGAGAUUCCCCAAGAAGAAGCGUUGAAUCGAGGAUAUCAAAAACGCUCUUUAAAUAACCGCCCUCCGUAUGGCAAUAACCAACGUAACCGUGGCCGAGGUCCUCAUCGCGGUGGUGGCCGUGGCCGGGGAGGCUCUUUUAACCGUUUUCGACGAAACCAAUACCCCCAAUAUUCAAAUGAUUCCACUUCUCGUUCUAACGCCGCCCCUGUAGCUUAAGAUGAUCUUCCACAUGUGAAUAUAUGUAUGCCUUUGUUUACGUCUUCUAGUCAGAAAGGUUUUUUCUUUUUCUUUUUUCCCCUUUCUGGUAUAGUCUUAGAAGUCCAUCUUUCAAUGAAAUGUCUUCUUUUUCUUUCUUUUAAUGAUUCGGAUUCAUUGAAAAAGUAUGUCUAGCUCAUUUAUUACAAUUGAUAUUGAUAUUGAUUCAACCAAGUCAACAGGAAUCUAAGUUUCUUGCUUCCAACUUGUGCUUGAACGAGAUUACAAAAACAGCGUUCCAAUAUACUUUUGAGUAGCUAAAAGAAACAGUAAAACGAAUUGUAUUUUCUAACACAAC